UGGAAAAGAGAGACGAUUGAAACGGAAGAAAAACGCGCAAACCGCCUAAGAAAUCCCUACUAUUCUUUGUUCUCUUUUCAUAAGAGAUGAUAAUUCAAAUCGAUGAUCCAUCCUGCUAUCCCUAACUAACACAUCAGAAAAUCUUGCACGCCGCCUACAUCUCCGGCUGUACCGCCGAUCAGAAAAAUGUUAAAACGUCAACAUGAUCGAUCGGUGUGGUGGGUAUCAGAAGAAAUGUCGAUCACCAUUUGGGUUUAAUUAACCCAAUAACCUUUUUGAAAAUCAAACACUCAUGGAGGCUAAUAUUGAUGCUAACAAGUAUGCUAAAGAAUUAGAAGUGGGUGUUAGAGUUGUUCAACUGGUAUGUUGUCUGUGUCAGAAGGUUCAAAAGGGUUCGAUUGGUCCGAACCCUGAUCAGGUCAUUUCAAAAGACGAUGAUUCACCUGUUACUGUUGCCGAUUGGAGUGUACAAGCAACGGUUAGCUGGAUGUUAUCCGAAUUAUUUGGUAGAGAAAAUGUCUCGAUUGUUGCUGAAGAAGACACGCUAACACUCUCCGAUGCCAAUGCCACAAGUUUACUAGCAUCUGUGGUUGCAACCGUGAACGAAAGUUUGGCUAUGGCACCCAGGUUCGGUCUUAAAAGUCCAGCCACCCCCCUUGGGGCUUCAGAAGUUCUUGAUGCCAUAAGCCGAUGCAAUUCAACAGGGGGUCCAGUGGGACGGCAUUGGGUCCUUGACCCAGUUGAUGGAACUUUAGGGUUUGUACGUGGAGACCAGUAUGCCGUGGCUCUGGCUUUGAUUGAAAACGGGCAGGUUAUGAUUGGAGUUCUUGGGUGCCCAAAUUAUUCGAGUAAAAAGAAAUUGGUAAACAAUUCAAGCGUCUCGAAAUUAUCGUCGGAUUUGUGGCAAGAAGGGUGUGUUAUGUACACAAGAAAAGGUAGCGGCCAAGCUUGGAUGCAGCCGUUGGUUCAUAGUGACGGGAUCUUGGAGUGGCCUAAUUCGGCUAGCAUUAUACGGGUUUCUUCCAUUGAUAACCCUGCAAUGGCUACAUUUUGUGAACCGGUGGAGAGAGCCAACUCGAACCAUUCUUACACUGCUGGACUCGCAUACAGUUUAGGGCUUAGAAAGCAGCCUUUGCGUGUGUAUAGCAUGGUGAAAUACGCAGCGAUAGCUCGUGGGGAUGCGGAGAUAUACAUGAAGUUUGCUAAAGCUGGGUACAAGGAGAAGAUAUGGGAUCAUGCUGCUGGUGUGGUGAUUGUGGAGGAGGCUGGCGGGGUUGUGACGGAUGCUGGUGGUCGGCCGCUGGAUUUCUCGAGAGGGGUGUAUCUCGAAGGUGUCGAUAGGGGGAUCGUUGCGUGUUCCGGGGUGAAUUUGCAUGACAAAAUUGUUGGGGCUGUUUAUGCAAGCUGGGAUUCCUCUCACCUAUGAAACUAAUCUGACAUGGAAAUCAUAAGUUGCAGGCUCUGUUUCAAGAUUCACUAUUGAUGGUUCACAAAAUCAAACCAGUUGGUUUUUGUUAGUCUCAUGUCGGUUAGACUUGGACCAUUUUUCCCCUGUAUAUCUUGGAACCUUUGUCCUCUGUUCAAGGCCACUUUUGGAGAGUAAUAUGAGAAUUCUACGUAUCCUUA